UGGAGGCUUCAGACUCUCAGGAGGGGCCGUGCAGACACAAGGAAGUCCCCAGGAGAGAACGUGGAGCUGUGUGUCUGUCACAAGACUGCAGGGACAUGAGAGGCUGCCUGCUCCUGCCAUUUCUGCUGGGGACAGUUUCUGCUCUCUAUCUGGAGAAGGAUGCCCCGCAUUUGGGUGGUCCGGAGACACAGGCAGACCUGAGCCAGGAUCUGGAAGGCUCAGGGGGGCAGGAAGGUGUGCUGGCCCUGAGUGGUGAGGUGCUUCAGUCGGGGGCACAGGAGGCCAAGGACGCCCAUGACGAUGAGCUGGCCUCAGAGUUAUACCCAGAUAAUUUAGACAAGGACGUGCAGUGCCCCAAGGAAGAGGAAACAGUGCGACUUCCGGGCAGUCCUGAGUGCAAGAGCUGCCGCUACACGAUGGUGGUGACCCCCAGGACGUUUAAUGGAGCUCAGACAGUCUGCAGGACGUGCUACCGAGGUAACCUCGCCUCCAUCCACAGCCUCAGUAUCAACACUCUCAUCCAUCGCAUGGCCAUAAGGACCAACCAAGCGCAGGUUUGGAUUGGAGGCUUCAUCAGAGGUUGGUGUCUGUGGAAGAACUAUUGCUGGAUUGAUGGGAGUUCUUGGAAUUUUACAAACUGGGCCCGUUGGCAACCUACAUUUGGGUAUGGCCACUGCAUAGCCCUUUGCACCACAGGGGGUCGCUGGCGACGAGCUCAGUGCAAUAAGCAGCUGCCCUUCGUCUGCUCCCACUAAGCCAGAGACGGGAAACCCUGCCUCCUUGCUCCCCGGCCUGCCCUGUCUCUCCCUUCACCCCCUUGCCCCCAGCCUCCCCACAUCAUAAAGCCUCGUUCUCACAGCA